AUGCGGGGGUUGGAGUCUUCUCCCGAUGGGGUUCGGCGCCCGCCCGCUCCACCGCCCGGGGCCUCCGAGGCACCUCCGCCCGCCCCAGAAGGCGGUAUCUCUUGGUGCUUAUCAGCCACUACGACUGUGGCAUUGGGACGCAGCUCGUACAAAGGCUGCCGGCAGCCGGCCCCCGCAGCAGCCACCCGAGCCGCUGGCCGGGGAGAGAUUUCGGCCCCAACAGGGAGCAGGAGCCGGUGCCGGCAACGGCUCGCACAGGCAACGACGCGCUUGGGACACAGCAGCGCCUCGGCAAAUGUUCACGUCGCUACCCCUCCGGCUGGCCGUGCCCGCAGCGAAGCUGGCGCGCUCUGCGUGGUACGCGGUCAGACCCGUUUGCCUCCAGAAUCAUUCCCAAACGAGGCGGGAGUCACACAUAUCGACCGAGAACGGCCACUGGCACCCUCACUAAUACCGUCGGAGAUGGAUCCCCUUCGCUCUUUCGUUCCUGGCCUCAAAGAUUACCAAGGGAGCGCUCGCAUGGUGGACAGUGAGCAGCAGAAACAGAGCGGGGCAGCAGCCGUGCUGGAGACGGACAGGGCACGGCAGAGACGGCUUCUCUGUCUUCUGAUCUGACAGGUUGCCUCUUUGUUUCCUAUGAUGCCUCCGAGAUACGGGGAUAUUUUAAUAAAACAAAAUAGGAAAACCCCCACAAACAGACGAACCCCCCAAAAAAUAAA